AGUAAUUUUGAAUGUAUAUUACGCUAACAACUUCCCCGCAACCGGAAUCUGAAAUGACGACUGAUGCUCAAAGCCCACCUACAGCGGAGGAGCUUGAACGCACCAUUGAGCAGUCGGGCCUGAUCCUCACUAAGAAGAACAUAGCCGACGAGGAAUCCUUCGUCGUCGAGCUGCAGGAAGUCUUCAAUGUCGGCUACCUGACCCUACACCCACUCUUUGCUCUGCCUGUCUGUUGGGCGGCGGCUAAGAUCCGUCCCGCCCCUGGCCGACCCCUGAACUCUGAGUUGUUUGACGAGGCGGAUGAGGUGGUGGACAUCACCACUGUGGUGGCGUUUCCCAAGGAGGUGAAGAAGCUGCAGAUGCCAGCACAGUUGGAUGUGUUCAGAUGCAGCAGAAUUUCGCUACCACCAAAGAAGAUGGGAGGACCGAAUGAAGACGCCCUACUCAUCUACUCAUACAAAUCUCAGGAGAACAACAACAAAACCGCUAACGAUGUCAUUGACAAGUAGUGGGAUGAAUUUUGUUUGGUCCCAACAUUGUUCUGUUCUUUGUCCAAUACAUCAAGCAAAACAAGCUUGUUAUUUUCCUUUUCCAUAGUGGGAAAAUCAUGUUGAACUUGGUAACUUGGUUCUUACUUUUUAUUAUUUAUUAUUUUUUAAUUCUGGUAUAAUAAAUGAAACCAAGGAUUCCUCAAAAGCGCCCUAGGCACUGUAGCUCGCAAGCCUGAAGAAACCUGUAGAGUGA